AUGAAAUUCUUCGCUUGCAUCUUUGCAGUUAUUGCCAUUCUAAGCGUAGCCUCGGCCGGCUACAUUCGCUCUGGCUGGUCCUCGCCGUACGCAUAUUCUUCACCCGUGAUUUACUCACGGCCGGUGUACUACAGCAGCGGUUAUGGUGGUCUCGGAGGUUACGGUGGCUACAGAGGCUACGGUGGCUGGUCCUCUGGGUGGAGGAGUGGAUGGUGGUAG